AUUAUCCGGAAGGCGGUGGAGCACGUGAUUUUAAACUGCCCUGCGGCUAGCGACACUUUACCCUUUCGAGGUUCCCACCGUUUGAAAACUUCUCCGCGAUCAGUCCGCAGCAGGUCGACAAGAACAACUACAACAUCAAAAUGUCAUUUCGCGGAGGCGGUCGUGGUGGCUUUUCCGGCCGUGGCGGAGGUUUCGGUGGCCGUGGAGGCCGGGGAGGUUUCCAGCAGUCUUACGGACCCCCAGAUCAAGUACUAGAGAUGGGUACUUUCAUGCAUGCUUGUGAAGGCGAGAUGGUUUGCGAAUCUAUCAACCCCAAGAUUCCCUACUUCAACGCCCCCAUCUAUUUGGAGAACAAGACUCCCAUUGGCAAAAUCGACGAAGUCCUAGGUCCCAUCAACCAAGUAUAUUUCACCAUCAAGCCCCAGGAAGGAAUCGUCGCGGCCUCGUUCAAGCCCGGCGACAAGGUCUUCAUCGGCGGCGACAAGCUCCUUCCGAUUGAGAAGUAUGCAUCCCAAUAUCCGAAUCAGGAAACUAGCCGCUAACCAGCUAUAAUAGGUUCCUUCCCAAGCCUAAGCCUCCUCCAGGUUCCAAGCCCAAGAAGGCAGUCGGAGCUCGUGGUGGCGGCCGUGGCGGCCGCGGUGGUGGUCGUGGAUUCGGUGGUGGCUUUGGCGCUCCCCGCGGUCGCGGUGGUGCCCCGAGAGGACGCGGUGGCCCUCGUGGUGGAGGUGGAUU